AUGUCGUUGCAACAAGGUAGUUCGGGGAAUAAUGCGGUGGAUUUCGACCUACCCGACGAGAUUCUGGCGGUUAUUCCGACGGACCCAUACCAUCAGCUGGAUCUCGCUCGGAAGAUAACUUCCAUGGCUAUUGCUUCUAGGGUUUCGUCUCUUGAGUCUGAUACCGGUCGCCUUCGUCAGAAGCUUCUAGAAAAGGACAGAGUUAUCAAUGACCUAGAGAACCGCGUCUCUACUCUCACUCGCGCUUCUCAACAGGCUAACUCUUCCCUUAAUACCGCCAUUGAAGAAAAUGUAAAGCUUACGAAGGAGAGGGAUGAAUUGGCAGCAACAGUGAAGAAGUUAAGUCGUGACUUUGCUAAGUUGGAGACAUUCAAAAAACAACUGAUGCGCUCACUAGCUGAUGACCAUCCACCGCAAGCUGAAACCAUAGAUAUUAGAACCUGUGACCAAGCAGUUCCAAAAGCGUAUCCUGAUAAGGAUGAUGAUGGAAAUGACUAUACGACACAUCAUUCACACGGUGGCUCUGCAGAUGUGGGUAGAACAAUUGAGGAAGCUUCCAGGUAUUCAGGGCAAAAGUUUUCGUUGACCCCAUACAUCACACCGCGUCUUACACCAACUGAAACUCCAAAAGCGAUCUCGACGACUGGUUCUCCUAGAGGAUAUUCUGCUACUGUAUCACCCAACCAAACAUCUGGUGCCACCUCUCCGUCCAAAACUUCAUAUGAUGGGCGGUCAUCUCUCUCUUCAUGGUAUCCAUCAAGUCAGCAGUCAUCAGCAGCAAAUUCUCCACCUCGAGGACGAUCAAUUCCAGGUCGAACUCCAAAGAUUGAUGGAAAGGAGUUUUUCCGUCAGGCCAGGAACCGCCUGUCAUAUGAGCAGUUCAGUGCAUUUCUUGCUAACAUAAAGGAAUUAAAUGCUCAGAAACAAACACGAGAGGAAACUUUAAGAAAGGCAGAUGAGAUAUUCGGCUCAGAUAAUAAAGAUCUAUACCUAUCUUUUCAAGGAUUGCUUAACCGAAAUGUACGCUAG